GAGAGAGGAGGACGGGAGAGGUCGAUGGAGGAUCAGAACCUCGACUUAGAGAGAGCUCGGUUGCUUAGCCUAGCCCUUGAUUUCGGCUUCGAUGAAGAAUCUUCCAAGAAAUGUUUAGAUCGUCUAGUUCAUCUUUACGGAGAAGAUGGAAGAGAUUUUAUUACCGUUGAGCACUGUGGUGAUGAUUAUCUUGCAGCCCUGGCCGAGUAUUUGCAGGACAGUGAGGAUUGGGAUGAUUUGCAAGCCAUGGAAUCUGAAGCAUGUGGAGCAUUAAGUAACAUAUUGGGUAAAGAAAUUCAAGAUGAUUAUGAAACUGAAAAAGAGAAUACUUUGCAAAGUUAUAUCUCUAUUAGUGAAGACUCACCUGAGCCUCUGAUUCAGAAAAAUGCGAUGAGGGUGGAAUCUUCCAGUGAUGAUGACUACGCAGAUUUUGGAAUUCCAAGCAAACAUACCAGUGGUUCUGGUCCAUCCGUUUGUCUUGAUAAGAGCUGCAAUGCAUCUUCUCACAGCUUGAGUAAAUGCCCCUUGAGAUCCACUGAUCGCAGGAGAUGCAUCUUGCUAGAUUCAGCUUCAGAAAUUUGUAACAAGAGGACAUGCCAUGGCAAAUCAAAGGCUGAAAAUGAAAUUCUAGGCUAUGAAGAAUUACAGGCUCUGGAUGAUUUUGAAUUGGCAAAUGUUGUUAUAUUCGGCAACAAAACAUUUCGACCUUUGCAGCAUCAAGCUUGUAAAGCAACUAUGGCAAAGAGAGAUUGUUUCAUUCUCAUGCCCACAGGUGGUGGUAAAAGUCUUUGUUACCAGUUACCUGCAACUUUGCAUCCAGGUGUUACGGUUGUUAUAAGUCCCCUUCUUUCCCUCAUUCAAGAUCAGAUUAUAACACUUAAUCUCAAGUUUGGAAUACCAGCUACAUUUUUGAAUUCUCAACAAACUGGUUCCCAAGCAGCUGCGGUCCUCCAAGAGCUAAGGAAAAAUAAACCAUCAUGCAAGCUUUUGUAUGUCACCCCUGAAAGAAUUGCAGGAAAUAUAUCAUUUUUUGAGGUCCUAAAAUGCUUGCACCAGAAGGGACAACUGGCAAGAUUUGUCAUCGAUGAAGCACAUUGUGUAAGCCAGUGGGGACAUGAUUUCCGGCCAGAUUACAGAGGAUUGGGAUGCCUUAAGCAGAAUUUUCCAGAUAUUCCAGUGAUGGCAUUGACUGCCACUGCAACCCAAUCAGUGCGGAAGGACAUCUUACAAUCUUUAAGAAUCCCCCAUGCUCUUGUUCUUGAAACAAGCUUUGAUAGACCAAACCUGAAGUAUGAAGUUGUGGGUAAGACAAAGGAUCCAUUAAGGCAGCUUGGGCAACUACUGAAUGAUCGUUUCCAUAAUAUGUGUGGAAUUGUUUACUGUCUUUCAAAGAACGAAUGCCUGUCUCUAUCCACAUUUUUGAAUGAUAAAUGUAAGAUGAAGACAGCAUAUUACCAUGCUGGUUUAGCUGCCCGUCAAAGAGUUGCCGUGCAAAGGAAAUGGCACACAGGAGAGAUCCAUGUUGUAUGCGCUACCAUUGCUUUUGGAAUGGGGAUAGACAAACCCGAUGUGCGUUUCGUUGUCCAUAAUACCUUAUCCAAAUCUAUUGAAAGCUACUAUCAGGAAUCAGGGAGGGCAGGUAGAGAUAAUCUUCCUGCAGUAUGCAUUGUUUUGUACCAGAAAAAGGAUUUCAGCCGGGUUGUAUGUAUGUUACGAAAUGGACAAGCAUAUCGACAAACACGUAAAAGUGAAAGCUUUAAGAGGGGAAUGGAUCGAGCACGCGAAAUGCAAGCGUACUGUGAGCAGAAGACUGAAUGUAGGCGGCAAACCCUACUUGCACACUUUGGAGAGACCUUUAACAGAAAUGGUUGUAAAUAUGGUCCAAAUCCCUGUGAUAACUGCCUCAAGACACCUUUUGUAGCUUCUGUCAUAGAUGGUUAGUGCCACUUCAUUGAUUAUAUGUUAGAGAAUGGGGCCUUGUUUAGUUUCUCCUGAUUUUGUAGUAAUUUCCUGGUCUAUCUCACAAUAGGUUGUAAACUCGCCAAAGUUUUGUGGAACAGCAAUUCCUUAUUUAAUGAUCUGUGACAAUAAACCCAUUUUCUGUAAGUUUUCUCCUUGAGAUUU